UAGUUUAGCGUAGACUCCCUGACGUUUCGGUUGUUGUAUUGUCUAAUGCCGUCUGUCGGAUAAUCUCCACCAAAACAACAAAAAAAAAAAAUAAAAGAGAAACUUAAUUAAGAAAAAAAAAAUCCAUAAUUUAAUUUUGUUUUUGUGCCUGCAAGAGUGUAAACAAAAUUUUUAAAAAUUCAAUAAAAAAAAAGGAAUUACCUGUUUUAUUCUGUCAUAAUCCCUUUGAAAGAAGAAGAAGAAAAUUCUCUGGUGUUUUCAUUGAUCCUUUGGUAUUGUCCUUGUCCACUUUUUGUGUCGUCGUUGUCGUUUUUUAGUGUAAACAAAGUUUUUCUUCAUUUUGGUUUUUUUUUGGUUUUGGUUUUUUUAAUUAAUUCCCAAAUCGAUUUGUCAGUGGCCGUUGCGUCGGUUGCAGAAUCGUCGUCCUUGUCGUCCUUUUUCGAGGAAGAAAAUUUUCUGUGAAAAAUCUAAAAAUUUUCCUUAGUUGCGACAAAAUAUAAUCCAAAAAAAAAAAAUAAAAUAAAAAAUAAAAUGUCCUUGAAAAGCUGUUUUGCGGUCCUUUUGCUUGGAUUAUGCACCCAUGUGGCGGCGGGUGGUUUACAGGAUGGAAAAUAUGACCUAACAAUUCGAGUGCAGCAAUGCCGGGGUGGAUGCUUGGGGAAGUAUGCCACACGGGAGUCCCUUUGUGUGUUACAUGCAGAAUGCUCAGCGUGUUGGGAUGAAUGUGCGAAAGUGCCAAAGAUCAAUAAAUCGAUUCGUGAAACGUGGUCUCUACGGACAACGUUAAUGCUGCAACAAGAUUCAUUGGUACUCGUCGAUGUCGCUUGGGAUCCACUUAGUACGGGAAAUCAAUGCUUGGUGACAUGGGAGGUGUCGGGUGGUGGCCUGAUGGGCAAUCUCCUAACUGAAUCUUUCAAUGUGCAACUUUCACUGUGGCCCGAUACUAAAUAUCGUGUUCAAGUUACCUGUAAAAAUAAGCUUUCUGGUGCCAUGAGCAGAUCUCUACCACUCACUAUUGACACCUCUGAAGCGACAACACUUGCAACCAAUCAAGAUCGUCAUUCAUCCCAAGCAAUUCCAAAAACACCUAUCAUGACAACUUCAACAACAAUUCAACCAUUAUCAAACUCAAUUCAAGAAACAGUUCCUUCUUCAAACAUCAACACCAACACAAACUCCAACACUAAUAGUGGAGGAGUUCCCUUUGAUGACCAAUCUAGCGAAUCAAUCAAUCAGCACACAAACUUCAUCUUCAACUGGCACAAAAAGAACAGUGACAUCUCUAAGAUUGAACCAAUGGCCAAGCCUGAUCUCAAUAUUCUCCGAAUCACCUCAAUCUCAGAAAUGCAAAAUCCUCUCCUCUUCGACAUGAUCAUUGGUUGCAUUAUUCUGAUUAUCAUCUUGUUCGCUUACAUGCUAGUCCUGCGCAAUCAACGAACAUCAAGUGAUAAAGCAGCUCUAAUCGAAGGUGAUUCACAUUCCUAUCCUGGUGUAUCGAUGCCAGUUGCUAUUGCAGUUCAAAGGAAUAAUAAUUCAUCAUCAUUACCAUCAUCAUCAUCAUCGUCAUCGUAUUCAUCGUCGACAAUAGCACCACCACAACUUUGUAAGAAUCCUGGAAUUUGCUCGAGGAAUGCUCUUAAAGUCUAGUCCAAAACCUUUUUCGGGUUGUAAGAUAAAUUAAAAUAAACAAAACAAAAAAAAAUACAUCCCUUAUCCCAAACAUUUUUUUCCCCAUUUGAAUAAAUAAAUAAAUAAUAAUUUUCUUAUAAGCAAAAAAUAUUAUAAAAUUCUCUUUUUUUUAUAUACAAAAAUAAAUAAAAAAAAGAAAAAUAAAAAAAAAUAAAAUUGUGUGCUCAAUUAUAGAUUUUUCCAAUUCCUUACAAACUCCCCUACAAAUCCUUAUCCCCCUUAAAAAUAAUUUAGUAAAGAAAAAAAAAAAUUAUUAAUCAAAAUUUAAAUUAUUGGUGUUUAAAUUUAAAUAAAAAAAGUAAAAACUAAAUGCUUCUUGUUUUAUACCUGAUUGUGAAUAAAAAAAAAAUAAAAA